UAUUUACGUUGUAUGCAUCCACGGACGAAGCCGUCCGGAGGCAACGCGUUGCUGUGUUGCGGAGGUUAAAAAUAAACAAAAAGGGAAAAAGCAUACAUAUUUACUGAAUACCAAAAAUAAUUGUUGAGCUGUCGCGCAAUGUUCAUAGAAAAUUAUCUCUGCAGUGUCGUGGAGUAGCGUAAGAUAAUAAAUAAAAAAGAAAAUAAUGAUAAGUGUGAUAAAGUAAUCUAAAAUGAGUGCAGUGAGCUAUUAUUCAAUGAAUUUAUCAAUUACUGGGUUGAAUUAUAAAGUAGACAACUUUCUGACCCAUGAAGAAACUUGGAUGAGUUGAAUAAGCAAUAAAUUUUAUCAGAAAUGGAUAUAUUGUGGACUUGAAUGACUGAAUGAUUUAAAUAAAAAAUAAAAAUAUUUUUACAAUUAAAGUCAAGACAAAAUGCCAUCAGUCGCAAACUCAUCGCUUACUUACGAAAUUUUAAUGUAUUUAAACUCAUUCUACUUUGGAAUGUUUGCUGUAUGCGAAUUGGGCAUGGGACUCUACAAAGCCACAAGCCUUCCAGCAUCAAGUUCUGGUACAACGAUCACAGAAUUUUCUUUGCUGAUGUUUCUGAUAGUUACAGAGGGUGGAAGAGUAUACCUUGGUAGAAGGGGAAAUUUGACUGAAAGAGGACUACCAAUAUUACUUGGAAUUGUCCUUACAAUACCUAGUGCACUGGCAACACUUUAUUUCCUCAUCUGGCAAAGUUAUGUCCUUAGGCUAGAGGUGAUCCUGUGUAGUAUACAAUUGGUCCUGCUUACAUCUGAACUCUUCAUCUCUGUGCUAUGCCUUAUAGCGAUUUAUCGUCCUCCACAUUUUGAAGAAUGAAAUUACGACAUUAAAGCCUUGUUUUGUUCAUCCCAAGCAUGCAGCCUGAUCAAUAAUGCAUCAUAUCAUGAUGAUUCAUCGCCUUGUCAAACAUUAAAAGCUCUAUAGUAGUCAUUUAUCAACGAGUAUAGCUUUCAACUUUGUUAAAUAAUUUUUUUACAAAUUAAAUCAUUCCAGACAUCGAUAGAUGCAAAUCAGAGAACUAUUAUAAUAGUAAGAAUGAUAGCUGUAAUUAAUAAUUCUAUGUUAUUAUUCACUGUCCAAUUAAUGUAUUAAAUGACUCACAUAAGAUAUUAUAGAUUUGUAUGUGAAAGUUGCACUUAAAUUGUGUAAGAGUAUGUACGGGAUAUUGAAUCAUUGCAAAAAUUCUGAUACGAUAGAAGAAUUUAACACUUUUCAAAGUAUAAGCAAGUCCUUGAUUGUAAAUACUUCAACUCAAUAAAACUUUUUAUCUUUUCGUUUAAAUGAAUGUGAAAUAUCGUACAUUUAUUAAGUUAGAUAUUGCUAACUUAAUGAAUAGUCAUGAAAAACUAUCUCUUCAUUAUAUACAGGAGUAUUUUUUAAGUAAAUCGUAUCGUAACUUUUGCUAUAAUUUUAUGAAACUUAUAUUGUUGAGCAACUAAAGAUAUUUAUUAUUAUAAUAACAUCUUUCAUUUUUCAUUAGUUUAAUUAACAUCAUUUACAUUACACAUGGCUACAUUAACAUAGCUCACUUUGACAAACAUCAUACAAUUGUAUUUUCUGUACAAAUAUGUCAUUGUCGUGCAUGUAAAGUUUCAUGAAUUAUUAUUUUUAUUCAACUCAUACAAAUAAAAAUAUGACGUCAUAUUGCCAAUAAACAUAAGUCUGCUUUUGUUAUAUAUAUAUAUUACCCUUUCAAAUUAUGCACGAUUCUUUUUUUUUAACAUAUGCUUAUUUAGAUUACUUCUUUAAUUUAAAUAACAUUUAUCAAUAAGUCUAUUGAAUGGCUCAACAAAUUGUUGAACGAGCUUUCAGUAUUUUUCAUCAUGCCAUUUUUAACUAAAAGUUUUUGGAUAUUAUACUGUUAUAACUUUGUACAUUUUGAUUGUAACGUGAAUCAAUGGGGUUUUGCUUUAUAAACUAUGGCGAUAAACGUAUCUUUAAAGUCAAUAAAAUAUCUAAAGAUGCCUUCGAAGAAUUUAUUGACACUAUUAUUGUCUUGGCAUAUAUUAAUAAUUAUUAGACGUAGUUUAAUGAAACAAAAAAAUUCAUGUUGCUUACCAUAGA